UAAUUAGUAACCAGAUAGCUCUUACAGCUGUCACUGAGCUCGAAGACUAGGGACAUAUGAAGUUGCUCUUUCACCAUCAAAUUUAUUUAUUAAAAUCUCCUUUCAACGUAACUUGUAAGCAUUUGUUGAAUCAAAAAUGAGUAUCUGUAGCCUCCGAGGCAGUCAACUGCAGCUAUGCAGACGUGCAUUUAUAUUAUCCAGCUGUAGCAGGCCGGCAGCGUUCCAACCAGUUGCGGCAACCAAGAAAGUGACAACACGUGAGGCCCACAGCGCUCUAUAUCAAAUGGAGCUAUGCCGUCCCAGACUUUCCUGUAACACUGAAGUACUCAGAGCAGUAAACUGUAAUGUUAGCCGAAAAGCGAGCAAUGAAAGUAAAGAAACAAGUGCUUGUAAUAAAUCUGAAUCCGGUACAUCCACUGGUACUCCAGGAGGUGACAAAGGUGAUGAUAAAACUAAAACAAUUCUCUUAGCUUUGGCAGGAGCUUUAGGCGUUGGCGGUUUGAUAUACUACUUUAUGAACGACAAAUCGAAUACAACUACAAGUACUACGCCAGAAAUUUCUAAACCCAACUCUUCUGAUUUGCCGAAGCAUGUACCAUAUUUAUUAAUAGGAGGUGGCACCGCCUCGUUUUCUGCAUUCCGUGCUAUCAAAUCGAAUGAUGCCAAAGCAAAGGUCCUUAUGAUUACAGAUGAAAAUCAUAAACCCUAUAUGCGACCACCCUUGUCCAAAGAAUUGUGGUACACGGCGCAAAAGGGUGAAAUCAGCAACGAUUAUCGUUUCAAGCAAUGGACUGGAGCAGAGCGAAGCCUUUAUUUUGAACCAGAAGAAUUUUUCAUUGAGCCAUCUAAACUUAGCGACAGCGAAAACGGAGGUAUUGCCGUAGCUCAGGGAUUCAAAGUUAAGAAAGUUGAUCCCACCAAUCGUGUCAUCACACUUAGCGAUGGUUAUGAAAUCACUUAUGAUCAGUGUCUUAUAGCCACCGGAUGUACUCCAAAGAAUUUGCCAAUAUUUACAGAGGCUCCACCAGGUGUAAGGGAAAAGGUUAUGGUCUAUCGCACUCCCGAGGACUUUGAGAAACUUAAAAAGUAUUUGGACAACAAGAAAACCGUUGCUAUAAUUGGUAACGGCUUCUUGGGUAGUGAGUUGAGUUGUUCCUUGGCUAAUUACAACAAAAGUAAAACCGAUUCAGGUCGCAUUUAUCAAAUAUUCCAAGAAACUGCCAAUAUGUCGAAAAUAUUACCGGAUUAUCUUAGCAAAUGGACAAUGGAAAAGGUUAAAGCUCAAGGAGUUUGUGUUGUGCCCGGUGCCAGUUUAAAGAGUGUGCAAAGAGACAAUUCACAUUUGAAUUUAGCUUUAACUACAGGAGAAACCAUAAUGGCUGAUGUGGUGGUUGUUUGUGUAGGUUGUGAAGCCAAUACGGAAAUUGCAAAUGGUUCUGGCUUGGAAGUUGAUCAGAAUUUAGGUGGAUUCGUGGUCAAUGCAGAAUUGGAAGCUCGACGUAAUUUAUUUGUUGCUGGUGAUGCCUCCUGUUUCUAUGAUCCCCUGCUGGGCAGGAGACGUGUGGAACAUCAUGAUCAUUCUGUGGUAUCGGGUCGUUUAGCAGGCGAGAAUAUGGUGGGGAAAAAGAAACCAUAUGCCCAUCAAAGCAUGCUCUGGUCUGAUUUGGGUCCCGAAAUUGGUUAUGAAGGUAUUGGCUUGAUUGACUCGUCAUUGCCCACAGUUGGUGUUUUUGCCCUUGCCACCAAAACUGAAAGACAAACAGAUAACCUUACAGAGUCUAGUAAAGACGAAACGGAACAAGCCAAGACCACAACUCCUAGUCAAGAUGUAUCCGAUGUGAAGUGUAAAGAAGAACAGGCUGACAAUUAUGGACGGGGAGUUGUAUUCUACUUAAGAGAUGAAAAAAUUGUUGGCAUUCUACUGUGGAAUAUUUUUAAUCGUAUUGGUCUGGCACGCACGAUUAUUAAGGAAAACAAGAAAUAUGAAGAUCUUAAUGAAGUGGCGAAACUAUUCGAAAUUCAUUCGUAGAUCUAUUAAUCUAUAACAUAGUUAUAAAUUUGUAUGUCCUAUGUACUUUGGUAAGGUAGAAAUGUUUUUGUUGUUAUUUAGAAUCGAUUUCUUUCCCAGUAAGAAAUUGAAUGUAUUGUACCUACGAACGAAGACAAAAUACACAAAUAAUCCCUGCAUUUUCCAUGAACUGACAAAACACAAAACCAGCUGCUAAUUAUUUUAACCCAGUGGUUUAACCCACAUAUUGUAGUCGGUGCUUGGAUUAGGUAAAAUCUAAGUGCGUGCUAGUAAAUUAGUUAAUCUUUAGCUUUAAAAAUAUGUUACAUAUGUUCUGUAAUACGUUUAUGAUCAGGUAAUAAAAAGUAGGGAUUCGCGGAUUUUUGCGAGCGAUGUAGGUAUAUUUGAAGAACAUAUAUAAAUUCAUGGUCAAUCGACACACAUCAUCAGUCUCUGUUCAGCUAUGGAAGCCAAAUCUAACGCGUUACCUUUGUACGAUUACCAUCAAAGUGAUCGUAUGUUUGAGGAAAAGGACCUAUUAAGAAAAUUAGAAGAAGAAGCUGAGCUUUGUAUACAAGAACAUACUGAAGAUGAAGUUACAGCGGCAAUUGGUAUGAUGUUAAUGCAUUACCAAGCCGUUUCGGAUGCUCAGUUUACUCCCAAAAAUAAACCCAUAGUACAAGGUUCCACUUCCAAACCACCAUCAAUACGUGAAGAAAAUUGUCCACAGACGGUGGCAAAAGAAGACACAAUUUUACACAACAUUCAGCAUACUACCGAUAUGAAGCGUAAAAAUCGCAAAAGUGCCGCAAAUAAAUCUUCCUCGCUACUUGCCUCUUGCCGAAACAUUUUAAAAGAGUUUUUAUCACAAAAUAGUAUGUAGAUCACGAUGUUAUAAACAUCAUAACAAGAAAAGGUUGCCCUCAAAAACACAAAACAAAAGAAAUAUCCUAUAAGGAUUAGCAAUUAAGUUAGGAAACAAUUUCAAUAUGAUUAUUUUAAAUAUAAUUUUAAUAAAAUUACAAAUUAUAUAAAAUGCGAAAUGCAAAA